CUUCAAAGAAAUUAUUAAACCAUCUUUGUUCGUUAGUUCCUUGAAGCUUGCUUAUUUGAAGAUGGGUUCAUCGGAUUAGUUGAAUCGGAGACUAAUUAAAGUAUUGGUCGACUGAGAGAUAUAAAAUCGGUUGGCUCUUAAACAGAAAGUCAAUUAGGAAAUGCCAGGACUAGAUAAACAAAAAGAUAACAAGCACCUACAUGACCUUGAGCGGAGAUCUAGGGAAGGUCUUUUCAUUUGCAACGGUUGCAAAGAGAUAGGGUUUGGGAAUUGCUACAAAUGUCCCUGGGUGUGGUUUUGCGAUUACGUCCUUCAUGUGGGUUGUAUAAGUGAAGGUCACACACCCUUAUCAAAUUCAUUAUUCAAAAACUGCGAGUUUCAAUUUUACCAGACAAAUCCUUCAACUGUAGCCCCAGCCUGCCACAUUUGUGCCUUAGACAUACAAGGACGCAUGUACCGUUGUUCUAAAGGGAAAUACAGUUUACAUCCCUACUGCGCGACACUUCAGACGACCUUCUCCCUUCGAGAUUCCGACAUGAAAAUCAAACUUCGCAGAGGGACCAAGUUGAAUUUCUUUAAAUCGAAAUGCUUGAAAUGCGAUAGGAAGAACAGAUCAUCAAACGAUGUCCAAUGUUUGUCCUAUGUUUCCUCGGAUGGUAACCUAUGUUACCAUGUGGCAUGCAUGAAAGAAGCAUGUCGCGAUAACUGGAAUAAGGGUUAUUUUCGACCUGGUUCUGAAACUAAUGGGCAGAGUAAAUUCCUUGCACUACAAAAUCUAGCUCCAAAAGAAGUACUAUCAAGCGUUGGGCAAACUUCGGAAGUUUCGUUGAUCACAUUUCUCAAGCUGGUCGUUUAUGCUAUACUUGGAGAGCCAUUUGAUUUAAUUGCCCCUUUAUUUCAGUUUUCUCAGAACUAGUUAGAUAAGGCUUGUUGUUAUGUUUAUGCUUGGUUUGUUAAAUAAGGCUUGAACCUGUUCAUGCAACAAGUUGAGCCAAAUUUCAAGUGUGAUUUGUUUUUGAAACAACUUGGUUUGUUGUCGUUCCAACUUCAGUUGGAUUAGAGAGUAGAACGUUGAGUUGGAACAGAGUGCUUAUCAACAAAGUAGAGUGCAAAGUAAGCUGGGAAAUAACAAGUAAUAUUUGUUAACCUAA